UUGUUAAAGGGUUCGUACGAAGCCAAUGGAGAAGAGGAGCUGCGAUUGAUCGGGUCAGCUAGCAUUAAUAGGCCACCAUUGGUUGAUGAAGAGAUUGCAUUGCCUCAGGCGCAUAAGGUUCCACUCAAGAAACACGAUGCAAAAAUAGUGCAACUUCCUUUACCUCGUCUCAACCAGGAUAUUCCGCGCGACAAACAAGGUCGACCUCUUAUCUUGUCCCCAGCUCAUUGUCAACAGGUGAAAAGUUACGCCAAUCAGUACGGAGUGACAGAUGUGCUCGCGUGGGUACAACGAAACUGCACAUUUGCCAAGAUGUUCCUUCCAUCAGCUACAUGUGAAGAUAUAAAUACACUUGUAGCCUCGUGCUAUAAGCUGAAGUAUCUAUAA